AUGAACCAGUUUCAUAGAAUAUCAUUUUUCUUAUUAUUUUUAAAUUUAUACAUUUAUGAAAAUAAUGCUGUCAUCAACCAAGUUGUAAACCUGAAAAAAACUAAUUUGAGAAAUGAAUCACAAAUAAAAUAUGUUUCAUUACAAGAUGAAGAAGACAGUGUGAUUGCAGGAAAUGAAGGUGAUCCGAAUACAGAUGUAGCAUCCACUGCAUUAUCACAAAAUACAGAAGAAGAAAAUAAGAAAAAUACAGAAGAAAUAAAAAAAGAGCCCUUAAAAACAGAAACAGCACUACAGGAAACUGAGGCAGCAGAAAAAAUAGGAGAAGAGGAAAAAGAAAAACAGGAGGCACAAAAUGCUUUAGAACAGGCAAAAAAAUUAGAAGAGGGGGUAAAAAAUGAAGCCUUAAAAGCAGAAACAGCAAAAAAAAAAGCGGAGACAGCACUACAGGCAGCGGAUGAAUUAGAAAAAAGGGCAACAGAGGCAGCAGAAAAAAUAAAAGCGAAGGGGAAAACAAAAGAGGCGGCGCAAAAGGCUUUAGAACAGGCAAAAAAAUCAAAAGAGGAGGCCAAAAAAUUAGAAGAGGAAGUAAAAAAAUUAGAAGAGGGUGUAAAAAAAUUAGAAGAGGAUGUAAAAAAGUUAGAAGAGGAGGCAAAAAGAUCAGAAGAGAAGAUAAAACAAUUAGGAGAGGAGGUAGAAAACCAAGAACAGGACGUGAUAGAAGAGGAGAACAAAUCAGAAGAGGAUGCAAACAAAUUAGAUAAGGAGACAAAAAAUCAAGAACGGGAAGCGACAGAAGAGGAGAAAACAUCAGAAGAAGCAAAAGAAUCAGUAGUAAAAGGAAACAGUGAAGAAGAGACAGAGGCUUCAACAAGAAAUGAAGAAAAUACAGCAGAACCACAAAAGGAAGAAGAAAAAGAGGAUAAUGCAAAGGAACAAGGUGAUACAGCAGGACCAAGUGAGGCAAAAAAAGAGGAAAUAUCUAAAAAAUUAGAAGAAAUAAAAACUUCGACUAAAGCAGCGGAACAAGCAGCCGAUAAUGCAGAAAAGGCAAGAGCACGCGUCGAAUUGGCAGCUGAAGUAGCAGAACAAAUGGUAAAAGUAGAAAACUCAAAAGAAGAAGCAAAAAUUUCAGCUACUGCAGCAGGUAAAGCAAAAGAAGGAGCAUUAACUGCAGCAUCAGAUUCUAAAGCACAGGGCGUGAUAGAAGCAAAAAACACGGUCGAGAAAGAGGCCAAAACUGCACUUGAUGAAAAGGAAAAGGCAGAAAAAGAAGCAGAUGAUACAGCAAAUACAGCAUUAACAGCAGUUGAGUCGAUAAAACAAAAUUUGGAUGAAGCAAAAACGAAAGUACAAGAUGUGAAGACAAAGGCAGAAAGCGUGUCACAAACAGCAGUAGCGGCGAAGUAUGCUCAAAUGAAAGCAGAAAUAGCAGCCGAAGUAGUAAAAGCAGAAAGAGCAAAAGAAAAAGCAAAUGAAUCUGUAAGUGCAGCAAAUAAAGCAAAAACUGAAGCUGUAGAAUUAGCGUUAGAAUCGAAGCAAGUAGAAAUAUCAGACAAAUCAAAAGCUGAAAAGGUAGAAACGGCAAAAAUAUCAGUAGAAAAUUACUCAAAAAAAGCGGAUGAAGCAAAGGAUAAAGCAGAAAAAGCAGCAAAAGAUGCUAAAGAAGCAGAAAAAGAUGCUGAAGCAAAAGGAAAAGGAGAAGAAAUGCUAAAGGAUGCAAAGUCUAAGGCACAACAAGCAUCACAAGAUGCGGAAGCAGCACAAAAAGAAGCAUCACAAGCUGCAGAAGAAGCGAAGAAAGCACUCCUAGAAACUCAAAUAGCAGCAGAAAUAGUAAAAGCAGAAGCAUCAAAAGAAAAAGCAAUCAAAGAUGCAUUAAAAGCUGGAGAAGCAAGAAAACGGGCAGAGGAUGCCGCACAAAAGGUAAAAACAAACACAAAGGCACAGGAAGCAGCAAGUAAUGCAAAAAAACAAGAAGAAAUAGCUCUGAAAGCAAAAGAAAAUGCAGACAAUGCAGUAAAAGAAGCAGAAUCUGAAAACACUGUAAGUGAAGAAAUAUUACAAAAAAUAAGAGACAAGGCACAAAAUGCGUUAAGAGCAGCAAUUGACGCUCAAGAUGCUAGAAUACGAGCGGAAAUAUCAGCAGAGAUAGCAAAAGCACAAGCAGCAAAAACAGAAGCUGAUGAUGCAAAUUUAGCAGCAGAUAAGGCAAAAAAGGAAGCACAGAAAGUAGCAGAAGAAUCUAAAUCAGCAGAAGCUAAAAAGGCAGCAGAAGAAGCAGAAAAGGCGGCAAAAGAAGCAGAAAAGGCAGCAGAAGAAGCAAAAACAGAAGCUAAUUUAGCAGACCAAAAGGAACAAGAAGCAGAAAAAAAAGUAACAGAUGAAACAAUUGAAAUGACAGAAGAUGCAGUAAAGGCAGUAGAAGAACGGGCUAACAAAGCAGUAGAAGCGGCACGAAAAGCAAUAAAAGCAAAAAUAGUUGCAGAAAUAGAAACAGAAGUAACCAAAUCAGAAGCAGCAAAGGCAGAAGCCGAAACAGCAAUGAAACAAACUGAAGAAAUUGCAAAAAGGGUAGAAACUAAAGUGAAAGCGAAAGUUGAAGCGAAAAAUGCUGCGGAUACAGCAAAAAGUAAAGCAAAAAGAGCUGAGGAAUUGGCAAAGGAAGUAUCAGAAAAGGCGAAAGAAGCAAAAGAAGAAGCAGAGAAAAAUGGAGAUAAGGAAGAGAAAAAGGCAGAUAUAUCAUCGAAAAUGAGUUCUAUAAAAGAAAAAACAUUAGAAGCGAUAAAAGCAGCCGAGGAUGCAAAAAAGCAAAACGAAGUAGCAGAAAUAGCAGAACUCGUGGGAAAAGCAGAAGUGGCAAAUGAUAAAGCAAAGAAAGCAGUUACUGCAGCAGAAGAGGCAAAGAAUGCUGCAAUCAAAGCAGCUGAGGAAGCAGAGAAGGAAAAGAAGAAAGCAGAAUCAGCAGAGAAAGACGCACAUAUGGCAAAAGAAGAAGAACAAGAAGCAAUUAAGAAGGCAAAAGAGGCAUCGGACGAAGCAGUUACAGUGCAAGCUCAAUUAUUAAUAGCAGAAGAAGAAUUAAAGAAAGCUAAAGACGCAACAACAAUGGAAUCAUUGAAAGAAGCUAAAGCAAAAUCUCUUGAAGCAGUAAAGGAGGCUGAAAAAAAAGCACAAGCAGCAGAAGAGGCAUCGAAGUACGCAAAAGAAAAGGCAAAGAAAGUGGGAGAGGCUGCAGAGAGAGCAAAAAAGGAAGCGGAAGAAUCGUUGAGGAAGAAAAAUCUAGGAGUACUAGAUAUUGUAAAAAAAUAUUCACGGGAAAGUUACAAUGCAGUAGACAGUGAUGAAAAGGAACAUGGAGAAACAGAAGAACAAGAAAAGGAAGAGAAGGAAGAAGAGGAAGAGGAAGAAGUAGAAGAGGAAGAAGUAGAAGAAGAAGCAGAAGAAGGGGAAGAGGAAGAAGAAGCGGACGAAGAUGAAGAUGAGGAGGAGCCAGAGGCGGAAAGAAAAGAAGAAAGGCAAAAUAGUGACCUAGAAACUGGGGUAGAAACUGGGGUAGAAACUGAGGUAGAAACUGGGGUAAAAACUGGGGUAAAAACUGGGGCAGAAAAUGAACAUAAACAAUCCCAAGAACAAAUUACCAAAACAAUAAAUGAUACCAAUGCCCACACGAUCCUGGACAACAACCAUAAAAAUUUAGUGAAUGUUAAAAAGCUAGCUGAUGAAUUAACAAAAAAUAUAAUUAGCACAAUGAAUGGAGAUACUGAAGUUACAGAUGCCUUAAAAAACUUCGCUCAAGAUGUGAAUCAAUUUCUAUUGAACAUCUGA